CACCCCGGAGCGUGUAGUUGGUGCGGAGUCAUGAAAGUGUUUGUAAACAACUCAGUCAGAAGGCGUAGCAAACUGGAGUCGGACCAAUCCCCAUACACAUCUCCGAGUGUCAUCACAUCCUCCCAAGUGUACCAGAUUGGGGGUGAUGAAGGAUGUUUGAGGUCACGCUUUCUCGACGGGUCAACGGGAUGACACAGCUGUAACGUCACUGACUAAUUUGUAGCUGUUGAAGCAGCUGUAGGAUUGCACGUGCAGAGCAUCAGGGCGCCUUACACUAUCUGUGUGUUGUUCAUCUGCUGAAGUUAAGAUGCCUUGGCCUUUUUCUGAGUCCAUUAAAAAGCGGGCCUGCAGGUACCUCCUGCAUCGGUACCUGGGCAACUUUCUGCAGGAGAAGCUUAGUCUGGAUCAACUCAGUCUAGACCUUUAUCAAGGCACUGGGUCUCUUGCACAGGUUCCACUGGAUACAUGGUCACUCAAUGAGCUACUGGAGACUGCAGAUGCUCCUUUUGAGGUAAUCACAGGGUUCAUCCAGACCAUCUCUCUGACAGUCCCUUGGGCAGCACUGCUGCAGGAGAACUGUGCCCUAGAAAUCAAGGGUUUGGAGAUGGUUCUCAGACCAAGACCAAGAGUGGCAUCUGGCGUUGAACCCAUGUACUGGUCCAGUUUCAUGACAAGCAGCAUGCAGCUUGCUAAAGAAUGCCUGAGCCAGAAACUAACCGAUGAUAUGGGAGAGAGCUUCCAGCCAUUUGAAGGACUGGAGAAGUUUGCAGAGACGAUAGAAACAGUUCUGCGAAGAGUCAAAGUUACAUUUUUGGACAGUGUUUUUAGAGUCGAACACAUUCCAGAAAAUUCUAAAACUGGAAUCGCUCUUGAGAUUCGAAUCAAAAAGAUUGUGUACUGCGAUGAAACAGGUGAGGAGAGUUCAAGUGUCAAUGUGCAUCAGCCAACCACGUUUGCACAUAAAAACGUGCAGAUGGAGGGAAUUACUGUAUUCUGGGACGAGUUCUCUGAUGCGUCUCGCGCUGCUUGUAAAUCGUCACCUACUCCAUCGGAAACUGAGCCAAAACUCUCACCUAGCUGGAAUCCAAAAAUAAUAUGCGAGCCGCAUCCCCAGUUCACAGAGCCUGUAUCCUCUUCAGCGCCUUUUGAACCUGUGCAGGUUGGCAGCCUCUGUGGCAAAAUUGAGUUGUCCCUCACUCUCAAAAAUAACCUAGCGAUGCCUGGUGCAAAGCUGGAUGUUGUUGGACAGAUCGAUACACUGAUUAUUCUGCUUUCCCCACGGCAAGUUCACCUUCUUUUGGACUUAUUUGGAGCCUUCUCUGGUGGAGGUGCACAGGAAUGGACUAAGGAUAGGAAAAAUCGCCCAAUACAGCAGGAGGAUGAGUAUCGCCUCCAUAUGGAACUGAACCGGUGCCUAAAGAAGGAUACUGCCGUCCCAGGAGCAGAUCCUGACCUCUUUGAAAGCCAAACAACCAGAACUGUGUCGAGUCGAGACGACGUGUUUUUCUCCAUGGCUGACAUGGACAUGUCUCAUAGCUUGUCAUCCCUGCCUCCUCUGGGUGAACCACCCACUGUUGAUUUGGACUUGUCACUCACCAGUAACUACUCUGCCUCACCAGGAGAAUCUCCCUCUGCAAAUGCAACAGCUCUGUGGGACGAAUAUAUGGACGUACCACGACAAAGAGAGAAGCAGACUUGUGAAACUCCCCUCCAGUCACGGGAUUCGCACCUGCCUCAGAAACUGUUGAGGCAAACUUCCCAUUCGUCCAAAACCCACAGUGAUGAGUCAAGGCCAGAGUUGGUGCUGAGGUUGACACUGGACAGUUUGGCUGUCUCAGUCCUCCACAUUGACCCGCUGCCGCCACCACAUGCUGCUCCCAGUCCUCUUGGCCCCAUGGCUGCACACUUCUUCAGCAUGGUGGGCCCAGGACAGCUUGAGCCAGCCGCUUUCCUUCAGUCUCGGGCGGUGUUUAAUCAGGCUUGUCCUCAUGACCACCUCAGGUUUGUAGGCCAGGGUCUGAAGUUAAACUAUGAUCACUGGCAGGGAUCCAACUUAAGGACUUUUAGCACUGACAUUACCCUGAACCAGAUGGAGUUUCUAGAGUGUCUGUUCACCUCUGAGGCUGUUAUUGGUGGCUCGCAAAAAGGAGUUCAAUAUACUGAGCUGCUGACAUUUGACACCAAAGCCAGUGCUGAUGCGCCGCUUACCACCUGCCUUCACCUGCUUUACAAACAGGCUGAGCGCAGAGGUCCUCAGGGCGGCCAGGUGCGUCUCAGCACCAUUCCCAGGAAAGCUGAGAUCCAGGUGGAGCUGGGUCCUGUGCACUCUGAGCUGGACAUCAGUAUUGUAGACCGCCUAAACUCACUACUGCAGCCUCAGAAACUAGCAACCACAGAGGCGAUGGCCUCCCACAUGUAUACAUCUUACAAUAAACCUGUCAGCUUGCACAAGGCUUUUACAGAGGUUUUCCUUGAUGACAGCCAUACUCCUGCCAACUGUCAUGUGUCACUGACAAUUAAUGCACCAGUGCUGGGCAUUGCUGUGCGCUUCCCCAUCCCUGAUCUGCGUUCAGAUCAAGAGAGGGGCCCUUGGUUCAAGAAGUCGCUACAGAAAGAAACGCUGUACUUGGAGCUGGAAGAGCUGGAAUUGAAAACCGAAUUCAUGGGUGGCAAUUCACCUGACCAAACCAAAAUGGAGCUCACUUUUAAGGAACUCACUGGGAGGUUCCAGGAAGAGGACGAUCAAACAGCUGCCCGGUUCCUCAGAGUGUCACACACGAUGGAUGGAGACAUGACAACAUCUGAAAGUGUAAAAUUUGAUUGGCCAAGGGUUGUGCUCAAGGUGAACCCAACUGCAGUCCACUCCAUCCUUGAGCGUGUGACAGCUGAAGAUGAGGGGGCUGAGGACCAUUCUCUUGAAGAAGAGGAGGAGGAAGGGGCUGCUCAUUCACUGAAGGAUGUAUGUGACUUUGGGAAGCCAGAGCCAUCACCCUUUUCUUCACGUAGGGUUAUGUAUGAGAAUGAAGAGAUGGUCAUUCCUGGUGAUGUCGGUGAGAUGACGGUGUUCCAGGAAAAAACGAUGAAUAACUCCCGGUUCAUCCUUGAGUUGUGUUUCCCUAAUGUGCAGCUAACACUCCCCAGCAAGGCAUUUUAUGAAAAACUACACAACAGGAUAAACAAUGACCUUCUGCUGUGGGAGCCCACUGCUCCAUCCCCAGUGGAGACUGUAGAGAACAUGCCAUAUGGAGUUGGGCUCUCUGUUGCCAGUCAAUUGAUCAACACUUACUCCAAGGACAGCUUUAGCCAGUUCCGCUCCACUGGUCCUGAGGAGGAGACCAGUGGAUCAGAGGAGGAGAACAUGCACUAUUACUCGCCUGCCGCUGACCUGGGCUUCAGAUCUCGAAAGAAGAAGAAGCCCAAAGCCCACAGCAAGAACUCCCAGAGCCUUUUCUCUGUCAAUCUUAGUGUCAAUCAUGGCCUUAUGUGUCUUCAUGCUAAUGCCAAGAAGGAGGAUAAAACCACACUGAAAAACAAACAUGGCGAGUUCUGGCUGGAGGUGAAAAAUGCCGUUUUGUUCAGCGUCACUCAGUAUGAAGGCUUUAAAGAUCAGCACUACAUCUGCUUUCACACCAGCAGCAUCUGCAUGUAUCACCAAGGACUCAUAGAUGGAGGCACUUCUGUCUCAGACAUCAAAUUGCCAUGCAGGACACAUCCUCAUUGGCUAGAGCCAACCAUCUACCAGUCAGAAACAUCUUCAGAAAAAUUGUCAACGCCUUCGGAGGGUAUCGGUUUAGAAGCUCGCAGCAUGGUUUCUGUCGCUGUCAAAAUCUCAUCACAGAAUGCAGAACGCAACAUCAAGGAGUUUCUGGUUGCUGUUGGGGUGAGAGGUGCUACACUCCAGCACAGAGUGGUCCCUCCCAGCUUGGGCUGGUAUGACCAGAUUGUUGACUUUCUGAAUGUUUCUGAUGAACCCGUGUUGGGUUACGCUCCUCCUACGUCUGUCACCACACUGCAUUUGCACCUAUGGAGCUGCUCUCUGGACUACAGACCCCUGUACUUGCCACUCAGAUCAUUGCUGGUUGUGGAAACAUUCAGCAUCUCCAGUAGCGUCUCUCUAGACAACUCCUCAUCAACACUUAGGAUCAUUUUGGACGAAGCUGCUCUGUUCCUCUCAGAUAAAAGUAAUGCUGUCUCUGUAAAUCUAGCUCGUGAUUAUGUCCAAGUGGUAGACAUGGGAACCUUAGAGCUGAGGAUAACAGCGGUCAAACCUGGAGUAGAUGGAAAAUUGUCGGAGCCCAGAUUCGAGCUGCGCUGCUCCAGUGAUGUGAUCCAUAUCAGAACCUGUUCGGACUCCUGUGCUGCCCUCAUGAACCUCAUACAGUAUGUAGCCAGCUAUGGAGACUUGCUGCCCCCAGCUGAACCAGAGACCAAGCACAGCAGCACUACACAAAAAAGCAAGAUGGAGGCUUCUGGCCGACCACCAUCUCAGACUUCGCUCCUCGCUGAGACUGAGCAGCAGAUGUUACAGGAUCUCAUGAGUGACGCUAUGGAAGAGACUGAUGGGCAGCCUGUACCAGGGCCGCAGCAGAACGGCACACCUGAGGAGCAGAUUCAAGACCAAGAACCACCUCGCUCAGACCUGUUCCUGUUCCCAGAUGAAAGUGGGAAUUGCCAAGAUUUAAGCCCCCCGUACCCCAUGCUUCCUUCUCCUCUCAUCACACCAGCCCCUAAUCUGGCCCAAGAGACUGACGACUUUUGUAUAUUGGAAACUCCGAGCUCCAGAGGAGAGGAUCGAGAUCAGGAGCCGGUGGUGAAGCAGCUAUCCUCGGAGCCAGUAGAAGUCAAAGACGAUCACUUCAGUCAGCCUCUGGAUGGAAGUGAUUCCAGCCGUGGAGCCAACUUUCCCAUCCCAGAGGUUCGCUACCUCAUUAAGGAGAUCUCUGUCAUCUGGCAUCUUUAUGGUGGAAAAGACUUCGGGAGUGUGAGCUCCAUAGUUUCUCCUGCUAGAAGCCGGGGAUGUACACCUCAUAGCUCCCCAUCUCAAACUCCAGUGAGACAAGCGAAGGCUUCAGGGCGGGUUGGUGGUGGAAAGGGAAGGAAUCCUGAUGUCCUGAUGGAGAUUCAACUCAGCAAGGUGAGAUUCCAGCACGAGGUGUACCCCCAGAUCUCAGCGGUGUCGCGUCCAGCAGUGGACCAGCCAGUGUCCCGGCAGGUGUUCUCUGUGCAGGACUUGGAGAUUCGAGACAGACUAGCUACCUCCCAGAUGAACAAGUUCCUCUACUUGUACUCUAGCAAGGAAAUGCCCCGAAAAGCCCAUUCUAACAUGUUGACAGUCAAGGCGAUGCACAUGUGUCCUGAGUCAGGCCAGGCUCCCCCAGAGUGCUGUUUACGGGUCACUCUAAUGCCUCUUCGCCUCAAUAUUGAUCAGGAUGCACUGUUCUUCUUGAGAGACUUCUUUACAAGUCUUGCUGCUGAAGUUGAGUUUUUCUCACCACCUAUUCAAGAAGCGGUUUGUGUUACCACAAAGAAAGUGGCUGCCCCAGAGAUCUCUUGCAGCUUCUCCAAGCACGCUGGUGGGAGCCAGGAUCCAGCCCCAAUCAUCUCGGUGCCUGCACAGAGGCGACUGAGCCAAAACGGUUUCUCUACAUCCGGCAGGGAAGACGCAAAUGACAGUGAAGCCUCUGCUUCUCCCUUCACAGACCAACCCAUCUUCUUUAGGGAGUUUCGAUUUACUUCUGAGGUUCCCAUUCGCCUGGACUACCAUGGGAAACACGUGUCUAUGGACCAGGGAACAUUUGCAGGGAUCAUUUUCGGGCUGACACAGCUGAAUUGUUCAGAACUCAAACUGAGGCAGUUGUGCUACAGGCAGGGAUUAUUAGGUGUGGAUAAGCUCUUUUCCUAUGCAAUAAAUGAGUGGUUAAAUGACAUAAAGACAAACCAGCUUCAAGGACUGCUGAGUGGUGUGGCACCUAUUCAUACUCUGGUAAAACUGGUUCACGGACUCAGGGAUUUGGUCUGGCUCCCGAUUGAACAGUACAGGAAGGAUGGCCGGAUAGUCCGUGGAUUUCAGCGCGGCACGGCUUCCUUUGGAACCUCUACAGCUAUGGCUGCCCUGGAGCUCACAAACAGGAUGGUGCGGACUAUUCAGGCAGCCGCUGAGACGGCGUAUGACAUGGUGUCUCCAGUGCCUGAUGAGAGGGACACAAAGAGGGUAAAACGGAUCUCCCAUUAUGGACUGGCUCAUCAGCCUGUCGACCUCAGAGAAGGUGUAGCCAAAGCCUACACUGUGGUGAAAGAGGGGAUCACAGACACUGCACUAACCAUCUACGACACAGCUACCCGGGAGCACGAGCAGCGAGGUAUGACUGGGGCAGUCGGUGGAGUUCUCCGCCAGCUUCCACCUGCAGUAGUCAAGCCACUCAUUAUGGCCACUGAGGCGACUUCAAAUGUCUUGGGUGGGAUGAGAAACCAGAUUCACCCCGAUGCACGUCAGGAGGAGUCGCAAAAAUGGAGGCAGGGCGACGAGUAAGUGUCAUUGCCUUAUGGAAAACUGAAACAAUGACUGUGCAGCAGCUACAGCUUAAUAGUUGUGCUUUUGAAGAAGGCAAAAGGUGGACAGUGAGUGCCGGUGUAAAUAAAAUGGUGUUCAUCCUGUGGCAGUUUGAGCUACUGUGAUUUUUAGCUUGUGUCAGCUUAUCACAUGCCUCACAGUGCCUUCAUGGUCAUCAACAUUGUUCAACUGUAUGCGUGUAAUCAAAUGGAUGAAGAAGGGUGAGUUUGAGCAGCACUUAUAAUGUUAUUGUGUAUGAUGCUAUGUUGUAGGGUAGACCAUACAAAUGUAAAAUGUAAAGGCUUAAGAAUGAAGGAAUAGGUCCUUUCAUCUGCUUCAUUUUCAAACAGCUGUUUACAGAUUGUGUGGUUGCGUUCUCUUAUCCUACUUUGUGUCAGCAAACACUAAUAUUCUAGGUGUAAUGACCCUUAAUUUAUAUAAGAUGUACUGUAUGUGGGCCUUGUUAUUUACUGUAAAUAUUCCUAAUGAGCAGCAUUUCGUGCAAAUAUGAGAGAACAAAUGUAGAAACUGAAUGUGUUGCAUCUUUGUAAAGCUCUGUAAUCUGCACUUUUAACUGAGUCGAAGCGUAACAAGUGAGAGAUGGGACGAUUAUCCAGACUUGUUCUAAGGUUUCACAAUUUUAGUGUUGCAUAAUUUUCACAAAAGCUGCUGUUUAAAAAAAGGAAGCUGCGGUUUAAAUUUAAAAACUGCUUUAUUCUUACAGUCUCAUGCUCACAUUUUUGAAUUGUUGACAAAGUGAAUCUACUCAAGAUCCAUAAGUAAAGUCUUAAUGUACUGAUAAUCUCAUUUGUUUAGUUUUGUUUUUUUAAUUGUUAUUAAGCUAUAUGUUUAUAUAUUGAUGUCUGAUGUGAUCAAUUGUGUUGCUAAGUCUUGAUUUUUAUUUUUUUUCUUCCUUUUUUGGUUAUGUGGUAAGAGUAUUAUUUCUUGUAAAUAUAUGUACAGGUGACUCAUGAAUUUGUAUUAAAAGCAUGAUGGAGAAAUAAAAAC